CCUCCUUCCUCCCGCCUCCGUCCUCCGUCCUCCGGUAAACCCUUGAAUUUCCACCACAGAAGGAGAGAAGUGAAGUGAAACCAUGGUGUCGUUGAAGCUCCAGAAGCGGCUCGCGGCCAGCGUCCUCAAGUGCGGGAGAGGCAAGGUCUGGCUGGAUCCUAAUGAGGUCAAUGAAAUCUCCAUGGCCAAUUCCAGGCAGAACAUUAGGAAACUGGUGAAGGAUGGCUUUAUCAUCAGGAAGCCCACCAAGAUUCACUCCCGAGCUCGUGCACGCAGAAUGAAGGAGGCCAAGAGAAAGGGUCGUCACUCUGGAUAUGGUAAGAGGAAGGGUACCAGGGAGGCCAGGUUGCCAACAAAAGUGCUUUGGAUGAGGAGAAUGCGUGUAUUGAGGCGCUUACUCCGUAAGUACAGGGAGUCCAAAAAGAUUGACAAGCACAUGUACCAUGAUAUGUACAUGAAGGUGAAGGGUAAUGUGUUCAAGAACAAGCGUGUCUUGAUGGAAAGCAUCCACAAAUCAAAGGCAGAGAAGGCGAGAGAAAAGACACUAUCUGACCAAUUUGAGGCCAAACGUGCCAAGAACAAGGCAAGCAGGGAGAGGAAGUUGGCUAGGAGAGAAGAACGACUGGCACAGGGACCCGGAGAGAAGGCUGCAGCUGCACCAGCACCAGCACCAGCACCUGCCCCCGAACAGGCCGAGGGAGCUAAAAAAUCUAAGAAGUGAGAAGUCAGACUUUUUAAGUUAUUUGUGGAACUUAUACGUUAAUGUUUCUUUGUUUUCUCAGCAGAGUUUGUUCCCAUCAACACUCUUUUUAAAUCUGUCAAAAUUUUUGUUGACGAUAAAUUAUCUAAUUUUGAAACGCCCAAAGCUGUUAUGUGAUGAAAUAUUUUUAAAUAUUUCUUUUGGUAAUAUCCGGAUUUAGUUCAACCCUGACCUUGACUGUUAAGUA